CGGGACAAAAGAAUGAAUUGCUAGACUGUGUAGCUGAUAAAACUGGACAUGGUCGCCCUAAAUGUCUGCUGACUCUGGUCAACCCAAUCGGGGGACAGAAGAAAGGAGCCAAGCUGUACGAGACUAUUGUAGAACCACUGUUUGCACUGGCGGGGAUUGACGCGAAGCGUAUAAUCACAGAGAGAUUCCGUCACGCAGAAGAGAUCGCUGAGACAUAUGACUUCACUGAUGUGGACGGGCUCAUCGUGUCCGGCGGGGACGGGUUGAUGCAGGAGGUCAUCCACGGACUAAUCCCCCGGUUUAAUAAAAGAGUCAACUUCAAUGACCCUGAUGUUGAACUGAAACCUCUACCCAUCACACUCGGCGCUCUGCCCACAGGCACGGGUAACGGAAUCUGUAUGGCAUGUCACGGAUGCACGGACCUGGAGACUGCAACUUUGGCGGUUGUUAGAGGCGAGAAACACUGUCUGAACAUUGUCAGCAUCCACGGAUCUCCCGGCCCUUUGGUAGGAUAUGCAGUGUUUGCCUCAGGGUAUGGUUUCUGGGCUGAUCUGUUCCGGAACGCUGAUGACCAUCGGUGGCUCAAGACAUACCGUUACCUAGGUGGGCGUUAGCAACUCAUAUAUACAGCGUAAUAACGCCUGUAUUUCUGGGAAUUUC